CGAACAUCAUCUGUCCUGCACAGAAGUGGCAGAGAGGCAGGACAGAUCCGAACGAGUGGAAGCAGAGCAACUCAGUGUGAAACAGCAUCAUGUGAAAAACAAGUGGAGAGGAAGAGAAGCAUAAAUACAACAGCAAAUAUAGCAAAAAAAUAAAAAGCAUACCUGAGGAGUAAAAGGAGGAGAAGGAGGAGGAAAGGACGAGGAAGAGGAGAGGAAGUCACUUCGCUCACCUGAUCUCACUUCCUGUUCAUCUCUGUCGAUUGGUUGUGCCUGACAACUGUUGUCAUGGGUGAAUUGGCUCAACUUCGGAAGGAGGUGGAGAACCUCAAGGACCAGAUUGCUGCGGCACGUAAAUCAGUGCAGGACUCCACGCUGCAGGAUAGCGUCUCAAGCACAGCAUCACUGUCAAAGGUUCAGCUCAAAUCCAAAAAGACAUUGAGAGGACAUCUGUCCAAGAUCUAUGCCAUGCAAUGGGGCUCAGAUUCAAAACUCUGUGUGAGUGCAUCUCAGGAUGGUAAAAUGAUUGUAUGGGACACCUACAGCACCAACAAGGUGAACGCUAUCCCGCUCAAGUCUUCUUGGGUGAUGACGUGUGCAUACGCUCCCUCAGGAAACCUGGUGGCAUGCGGUGGCCUUGAUAACAUGUGCUCUAUCUACAACCUGAUGCCAAAAGAUGGCAAUAUUAAGGUCAUACGUGAGCUGGCUGCACAUACAGGUUAUUUGGCUUCCUGUCGCUUCCUGAGUGACACCGAGAUCAUCACCUGCUCUGGAGACUGUACCGCCUGUCUCUGGGACAUCGAGACCGGGGAACAGAAGACGAUUUUUGCUGGCCACAUUGGUGACUGCAUGUCACUGGCUUUGUCGCCAGAUAUGAAUUACUUUAUUUCAGGAUCAUGUGACUACACAGCCAAACUGUGGGACAUAAGAGCAGGCCAGUGCAAACAGACAUUCUACGGCCAUGAGAGCGACAUAAAUGCUAUUGGGUUUUUCCCCAAUGGUAAUGCGGUGAUCACUGGCUCAGACGACUCAUCCUGCAAGCUCUAUGAUCUGCGCAGUGAUCAAGAGCUGACCACUUACAGCGACUCGAGCCUCAUGAGCGGCGUCACCUCCCUCGCACCCUCACUUUCUGGUCGCCUCCUGCUGGCUGGUUACGACGACUUCACCUGCAACAUCUGGGACAUGCUGAAGACUGAGAGAGUGGGAACAUUGUCAGGCCACGAUAACCGAGUGAGCUGCCUUGGUGUGACGCCUGACGGAAUGGCCCUCUGCACAGGAUCCUGGGAUAGCUUCUUGAAGAUCUGGAACUAAAACAUACCUAAAGAAAAGGGGAAAAAACAUGAUUGGGAACAGCGGAGUGGGUUUAAAUUUGGCAGAAAGAGAGACAGAGAGACAGAGAGAGAGAGAGAGAGAGAGCGAGAGAGAGAGAGAGAGAGAGAGAGAGAGAGAGAGAGAGAGAGAGAGAGAGAGAGAGAGAGAGAGGAAGCAUUAUCUUAUAUAUAGGAACAUUUUUUUCUUAAAGAAUUUAUGGAAUAUACUACACAAAUGGCAACCGAUAUAUAGGAUUGUUUAAAUAUUAGAGUGACCAAGGUGCCCCGAGUAGCUGCAGUAGGCACUUUUAAGGUCAUUUCAAAAGAAGGCCAGUUAGAGGAAUGUAGGUAUGUAAGUUAUGUUGGUUUCUGUUACUAUUACUAGUGCAUAGAACUUUAAGAAUGAACUGAAACAUACCGACCGGAACGAGCGAUAGGGUUCUUGUGUAAAUAAUGCAGACUAACGCAGACAAAUACAUUUGCAUUGCAUAUUUAAAAAUCAAGCUAUAACCCUUUUGCUUUAUAGAUUCAUAAUGAUCUAUGAGUUUGGAAAAUAUUGUUCGAUAGUAGACUUUAGUUAUCUGCAUUUAUAUUAUUUGAAGUAUAUAAUAUUGACUACAUUUGAUCAAUUUAGCAUUAGCUGUAAUCAUUAAGUAUCAUUAUUCUUAUUCUAUGACAUGUUGACUGUUAUAUAAAUAACAUUUUGUAGCAUGAUUUCA